AUGACCACCUGGACCCCUGCCACUUCUCCCGAGGCCACCCGGCCCACGCCCGCAAACCCGCCUCCUCCCAUUGGCCACGUCCACCAACCGCCCCAGAACAUCGCCAACUCUUCUCCAAGCUUCCACUUUUGCCCGUUCUUCUCCCGUUUUUACAUUUUCCUCCUCCACCACCAUCACCAACCGCCAAAGACCGCAUCGCCAAAGAAGAUGCCUCGCAACAGAUCCGUCGGCCGCGCCCCCGCCCCUUCACGGGCACCCACCCGUCCCACGGUCCCUGCCUCCAGCCCCAUGCCUCAGCAGCAGCGUCCUGCCGCCACCAUGGCAGCUCCUCCCCAGCAUGCUCCCCAGCAGACGGCUCCCGCGCCGGCUGCCUCGCAAGGCCCCGGGCUGUUUGGCCAGAUGGCCAGCACCGCCGCCGGCGUCGCCAUCGGCUCGUCGGUCGGCCAUGCCAUCGGCGGCCUCUUCUCAGGCGGCUCGUCGGAACCCGCGCCGCAGCCGGUGCAGGCCCAGGCCAACCAGCAGCAGCAGCAGCAGCAAUGGGGCAACAACUGCCAGGCCGCUACGCAGCAGUUCACCAAGUGCAUGGACGACAAUGGCGGCAACAUGCAGAUUUGCAACUGGUACCUGGAGCAGCUGAAGGCUUGCCAGGCCGCUGCGAGCCAGUACUAG